CCAGCUACAGUAGUGUCAUAGUCCUGAAACAGUUUACAUAUUAAUAUAUUGUCAUACUUAAACUCUUAAAAUAACUGUGCUAUCCUACAAGCAUUUUAAAGAUUAUUCACAUUAGCCUGCAUAAACAAAUAAACUGCAAUCAAUUAACUUUAUGCAAGAGCAGCAAUGCACUCAAACCACAGAGAAAAUAAAGUGCAAUUAGUGCUUCAGUCUCUUGCUCAUCUGAGUAGAUAAAUUGACAAGACAGUUUUUGAUAUAAUUGUGCUAUAUCUUUGUUCUGUUUCCAGUUACACCAUUGUCUUCCCUCAGGAAUCCCUCAAACAUGUUUUCUCUCUCCUUUUUUAAAAUACUAAACAGAGAGAGUAAAUUAUUUAAAAAUUAUUCUGUGUCUCUGCACUUGCCUGAGUCAGCAGAAUACAUCUAGGUCAUGUGUUUCCGAACAGCUCUGGUGCAGAAUAUCUUUUUUUCUGUGGGGACUAAGUAGAUUCCUUAAGGAUGGCUGCAGCUCCCCCAAGUUACUGUUUUGUAGCCUUUCCCCCAUGUUCUAAAGAUGGACUGGUGGUGUUUGGAAAGAACUCUGCACGGCCUAGGGAUGAAGUACAGGAGGUGGUCUACUUCGCUGCUGCAGCUCAUGAUCCAGGAAGCAAAGUUGAGUGCACAUAUAUUGAGAUUGAGCAGGUGCCGAAGACUCAUGCUGUUGUGCUGAGCAGGCCCUCUUGGCUUUGGGGGGCAGAAAUGGGAGCUAAUGAGCAUGGAGUCUGUGUAGCUAAUGAAGCCGUGGUGACCAGAGAACCAGCUUCUGAAUCUGAAGCCUUGCUUGGAAUGGAUCUUGUCAGACUUGGUCUAGAAAGAGGUGCAACAGCUAAAGAAGCAUUGGAUGUAAUAGUUGCUCUGUUGGAAGAGUAUGGACAAGGUGGAAAUUAUUAUGAAGAUGGGAGUUCAUGCCAUACUUUCCAAAGUGCAUUUUUGAUUGUGGACAGAAAUGAAGCCUGGAUACUGGAAACUUCUGGAAAGUACUGGGCAGCAGAAAAAAUCACAGAGGGAGUUAAAUGCAUUUGUAAUCAGCUUUCAUUAACUACAAAAAUUGAUGCUGAGCAUCCUGAACUAAGGAAUUAUGUGAGAAGUCAAGGCUGGUGGAACGGAGACUCAGACUUCAAUUUUUCUGAAGUGUUCUCUCUUGCUGAUGACCAUUUAGCCUGCUGUUCUGGCAGGGAGAGCCUAGAAAAGCAAGGUGGUGAUGUUUCUGCACAGGCUAUGAUUGAUGUGCUGCGUGACAAGGAUAGUGGUGUCUGUGUGGACUCUGAAUCUUUCCUUACUACAGCUAGCAUAGUGUCUGUUCUGCCUCAGGACCCUAGUUUUCCCUGUGUUCAUUACUUCACUGGCACACCAGACCCUUCAAGGUCCAUAUUUAAACCCUUUAUUUUUGUUGAUGAUGUAAAAUUAGUACCAAAAGUACAGUCUCCUUCUUUUGGCAAUGAUGAUCCUGCUAAAAAGAUACCUCGAUUCCAGGAGAAACCUGAUCGCAGGCAUGAAUUGUACAAGGCACAUGAAUGGGCACGAUCUCUUCUUGAGAAUGAUCAGGAUAAAGGCCAGAAACUGAUGAGGAUUAUGUUAGACCUUGAAAAACAAGGCUUAGAAGCAAUGGACGAUAUCCUUACUCGUACAGAGGUUCUGGAUCCUGCUGAAGUAGUGGAUCUUUUCUAUGACUGUGUUGACACAGAACUAAAGUUCUUCAAAUAAACUAUGGUGGCUAUUGUUAGCCUUUUCAUUGGAAGACUGAAAAGUUCUUCAAGCCUUGAAAGAAAGUCUUCACACUUGUGAAUUUGCAGGAAAAACAUUUCUAGAGGAAAAAAUGUUACUUGCUAGCUGUAUCUGGUUAACAAAUUGCUUUCCUUUGUCCAAUCUUGUGGUGUUCCUGUUUGUGUAUGUAUAUAGUGAAAGGAGAAAGUCACUGACUGGUCCAAUUACUGUGUGCAUGCUGGCUAAUUUAGUACAGAAUGUUUAAAUAUGUAUGUUGGGCAACCAAUUAAAGCAAAGAUUAACUUCAUCAGGC